UUCUGUUGAUAAAUGAGAUACAAGCACUGUAGAAACGAACAAUGGCCAGUUUUUGGAUUUUACUUUUGAUCUUCAGCACCAUGUAUGCAGUCCAACCUCGUAGACACUGGGCUACUGCACAAUCCCCUACAAAGUCAUCAGUUUAUCAGCCUGAUAAAGAACUCAGUGUGAAUAUCGGAGACUCGGCUACUCUGCAGUGUUGUUAUGAUCCUGAAAAUUUAGUUGGAAUAAUAGACUUGUUUAAGCAACCAAACAGAAAAAAACCUCAUAUUAUUGUCACAGUAUAUAAAAAUGCUAGAGAGACGUUUUACAAUGAUUUCCACAAGUCUCGUUUUCAAAUAGAAAGAUCUUCUAACUGCUUCAAUAUGACAAUUUUCAACAUCACUCAGUCUGAUGAAGCCAUGUACUACUGUGCAGUGACUACAUCUAGCACUGUGUUUGGAGAUGGAACUAAUAUAAAAAUUAAAGCUAAACCAGCUCUGAGUGAUAAUUCUGUGGUGUGUGAACCAACACUGCAUGGAAACGACACUAACAUGAACACACAAGACAAAACAGUGAUCGGUUUGGGAACAGCUUUGGGUUUGUGCACACUUCUGAUUUUCUGUCUCACUUAUUACGUACUGAGGAGAAGAAAACACAAUAAAAUAAAUGCUUCUAUACAAGAUUCUCCAGGAACAAGGCAGGAAUAUGAGGCUGAAACACUGAAUUACACAUCUUUGCAAUUCUCCAAGAAAGCCAAAGCUGAAAAAAGAAAAACUGUCUCAUCAGAUGAGUGUGUGUACUCUGAUGUGAAUACAACUUUAAGAUAUAACAUAGUUAAUUCAUAACACACUGUGAAACACAUGACAAAAACAGUCAUAAUGUUUUAUCAAAUUAAGUAUCUUGACUAUAAAAUACAUAGACAGUUGUUGACCUAAUAUUAUUAUUAACUUCAAGCUGAAAGAUAAUUAACAGAAUGAAGAUAAUUUGCUUCAAGAAGCAAAAAUACUGUAUAUGAAAAAUAAUUCAAAAACAGACUCUCUGUUUACAGUAAGCUUAUAAUAAUUCAUACAUAUUAGAUGAACUUACCUAUAUUCAAGAUAUUUUUGUUUUUUAUUUAUAUCUGCCUACUGUCUUGUCAUUUGCCUGAACUAACAGACAACUUUGUAAAACUCUUAAUUUUUA